AUGGCAAGAACUGGGCUCCUGCCAGUGGCAAGACCUCAGGCUGCUGUGACCUUUGAGGAUGUGGCUGUGCUUCUCUCUCAGGAGGAAUGGGACAGCCUGGGCCCUGCUCAGCGCGGCCUCUACUGCAAUGUGAUGAUGGAGACUUAUGGGAAUGUGGUCUCUCUGGGACUCCCAGGAACCAAGCCUGACGUGAUCUCCCAGCUAGAACGAGGGGAAGAACCCUGGGUUCUGAAUUGGCAGGAGACUGAGGGGAGAGAGCACCAUAGGAAUGGCCACUCAGAAUGUGAGACCAAGGAAGAGAAACAAAAUAGGGAUUUGAGUCAGAAGCCUUUCAUUUCAGAGGAAAUAACAGUGAUUCUGGGGGAAAACCUUUUGGGGCAUAUUGAUCAGGAAAACAGUAAAAUUGAGAGAAGCUCCUAUCUGUGUUCAAACCCCAUUAGCAAUCAGGAAGUUAAAAUCUUGAGCCAGAGCAUACCCUUUACUCAGCAUCCAGUGGUUCCCACUGGAGAGAAACCCUACAAAUGCAUCCAGUGUGGAAAGUCCUUUAGUCGGAGCUCCCAUCUCCUGCAACAUCAGAGAAUCCACACUGGGGAGAAACCUUAUGUGUGCAGUGUAUGUGGGAAAGCCUUCAGUCAAAGCUCAGUGCUCAGUAAACACAGGAGGAUUCACACAGGAGAGAAGCCCUAUGAGUGUAACGAGUGUGGGAAAGCCUUCAGGGUAAGCUCAGAUCUUGCCCAACAUCAUAAAAUACACACAGGAGAGAAGCCUCAUGAGUGUGUGGAAUGCAGAAAGGCUUUCACUCAGCUCUCACAUCUCAUCCAGCACCAGCGUAUCCACACAGGAGAAAGGCCGUAUGUGUGUCCACUGUGUGGCAAAGCCUUUAACCACAGCACUGUGCUGCGGAGUCAUCAGAGAGUGCACACUGGGGAGAAGCCUCAUGAGUGCACUGAGUGUGGGAAGACCUUCAGUGUGAAGAGGACACUUAUCCAGCAUCAGAGGAUCCACACUGGAGAGAAGCCGUACACAUGCAGUGAGUGUGGGAAGGCCUUCAGUGACCGCUCAGUCCUCAUUCAGCAUCACAAUGUGCACACAGGGGAGAAGCCCUACGAAUGCAGUGAGUGUGGGAAGACCUUCAGCCACCGAUCCACUCUGAUGAACCAUGAGCGGAUCCACACUGAUGAGAAACCUUACGAAUGCUAUGAGUGUGGGAAGGCCUUUGUUCAGCACUCACACCUGAUUCAGCACCAGAGGAUCCACACUGGGGAGAAACCCUAUGUCUGUGGUGAGUGUGGGCAUGCAUUCAGUGCACGUAGAUCUCUAGUGCAACAUGAAAGAAUUCACACAGGUGAGAAGCCAUUUCAGUGCAUGGAAUGUGGCAAAGCCUUCAGCCUGAAAGCGACUCUGAUUGUGCACCUGAGGACUCACACAGGUGAGAAGCCCUAUGAGUGCAAUAGCUGUGGGAAGGCCUUCAGCCAGUACUCUGUACUUAUCCAGCACCAGAGGAUCCACACAGGUGAGAAGCCCUAUGAAUGUGGGGAGUGUGGUCGCGCCUUCAACCAGCAUGGGCAUCUGAUCCAGCACCAAAAAGUCCAUAAGAAACUGUAG